GAGCCCAUCGUGCCUGCGCCGGCCCAUUAUGCCGUAGACCUUGAGCACCCGCAACGACGCGGUGAGGCCAUCAUCACUUGGAUUGGAAUCGCGGGAAUUGUCAUUGCUACGGCGCUAUUAGUCAUUCGAGCGUACACGAAGGUGGUGCUAGUCAAAAAAGUCGCUUCCGAUGAUUGGUGUAUUUUGCUCGCGUGGAUCUUCUCCAUACCUGUACAAUCGCUUAUUGUUUAUAGAGCUCUUGCUGGCUUGAUUGGCAUACAUGCUUGGGAGCUUACCGGUCAUCAACUCAACACAGUUACUAGAAUAACUUUGGCAACUACAGUGUUGUACUCGCCAGCUCUGGCCUUCGCCAAAUUAUCAUUCCUCUGUUUCUAUCUGAACUUGAACCCCGAGAAAGGCUUCCGCACCAGCGUCUAUCUGACCAUGUUCGUCGUAGUUGGAUCCUGCGUCGGCAUUGUCGUGUCCCUGCUUGCAGCCUGCAGACCAUUUGCAAAGAAUACCGAUGUCACGGUAAGGGAAGGACAAUGUCUGAACAAGGCGGCAUUGUAUAUCGCUACUGGGGUGCUCAACAUCAUUACAGACAUCAUGGUAUUGAUUUUGCCCAUUCCCAUGGUCUUGGGAUUGCAGAUGCUCAGGUCGCGGAAGAUCAUGUUGAUCAUGCUCUUCAGCGCCGGCUCUAUUACAUGCAUUACGAGUGCUGUACGCAUCGCAUUACUUCCUCCAAUGCUCACCUCGGAAGAUUCACCUUGGGACACUGUUUACCCUAGUCUGUGGAUCCUGAUCGAAGCCAGUUUCAUGAUCAUCACUGGUACGCUCCCAACUAUGCGGCUGUUCUUGCGACACGUCGCACCCACAUUGAUUGGUGAC